AUGAUUGCCCACCGAGAUUUCUUCGGUUCUGUAGAAAAAAAAGACCGACUGUUUUCAACAGGGAGCAAUGGCCUUGCUAUUGAAAAACAUCAUAGGGUUGAGGAUGGCAGACUGACCGACCUUGCAGGAUAUCUGAGAAGUCGAGGGCGGGGAUGGCUCCUAUAUGCUGGAUUCACGAGGCGUGGAGUGGAGCAGGGACUCCAGCCUUCCCCACAACUCUUCCAGAACCACCAGGCCUUCUCCCAAGCCUUCAAAGAGCGCUCCGAAGAGAUGGCCCUGCAGUACAGUCUUGGCCAAGUCGAGUACAAUGAUCCUAAUCCAGAGUACGCUUGGGCGUACGAGGUCGACGCCAGAUCGACCGGGGACAUGAAGUCUGCCCGAGAGGAACGUCGAGGUGACGUGGUCGUGGGUCAGUACUCGGUCAUGGACCCCGACGGCUCUCUGCGCGUGGUCGACUACUCGGUGGCUCCCGGCACAGGCUUCCAGGCCACCGUCCGCAAGGAGUACGCAGGCGAGGCUUUCCAGGGGCAGGAGCAGAGGCUGCAGGCUCAGGCCAGGCAGUACAGUGCUAUCCAACAGGGAACGACUACCAACAGAAACAGAACCUACUCACAGAACAACAAUGAGUACCAACAGAACCGCAACCAGUACCAAUACUCACAAAGCCGCAACCAGAACCUGGAAAAUAGACAAAAUUCCCAGAACCGCAAUCAGUAUCAACAGAACCGCGAUCAGUAUCAACAGAACCGCGAUCAAUAUCAGCGAAACCGCUUCCAAUCCUCUCAGUACAGCAACGAUUACCAACGGAACCGCUAUCAGAACCAGCAGAACAAUGAAUACCAGCUAAACCCCAUUUUGUAUUCUCAGAACCUCAACGAGUACCAACAGGACCGAUAUCAGAAUCAGCAGAACCGUUACCAAUUUUCACAGAACCGAAACCAGUAUCAGCAUAACCGUGAUCAGUCCUACCAGAGCCGCAACCAGUACCAGCAGAACUUCGACCAGUCCUACCAGAACCGCAACCAAUACCAGCAAAGCCGCAACCAAUACCAGCAGAGCCGCAACCAAUACCAGCAGAACUUCGACCAGUCCUACCAGAACCGUGACCAAUACCAGCAGAGCCGCAACCAGUACCAGCAGAGCCGCAGCCAGUACCAGCAGAGCCGCAACCAGUACCAGCAGAGCCGCAACCAGGACCAGCAGAACUUCGACCAGUCCUACCAGAACCGCAACCAAUACCAGCAGAAUCGCAACCAAUACCAACAGAACCGCGACCAAAGCCUUUCCACCCGCAACAACAACCUCAGGUACAACUUCCAGCGUUAUGGAACCAACCGCUUCAAUCAGAACCUGAACCGCCCUUCGCCCAGCCUCUACAGCCAGAACCAAAACUACCUUCUGGCUCGUUAUGGAUCCGGUUCCCAGAACCAAUACAACAACCGCGUCUACAACCAGUACAACAGCCAACAGAACAGGAACCAGCAGAACCAAGGUUAUUCUCCCAUCAGCGUGGUUCUCGCACCCUCAAGGAACUAG